GCGAGUUGUAUGUGUUUGUUUUGGUCGGCUUCCCGCCCUUUCCCCUUCUCCCCCCUGAGGGCGGGGCUUCCGCCGCUAAGCGGCUGAAUGCAGAGUCGUAAGAAGCUCCCGGUGGUGUAGUUGCCGACGCGCGUGUCCUUUUUUCUCUGAGGCGCCGUUGAGGGCUGGCAGCUCUUGGUCCUGGCUUUGCCGCGCUCAGCCAUGGCGGAAUUUGGGCUGCGGGUCGUCCUUCCCCUUGGCGGCCACCCGCUUCCCACCUGCCUCCUCUUCCAGCUGCUCCUACUGCCGCACCUUCUGGAGGGGACGCUCGAGAGCGGCGGAGUGGGCGCCCCUUUUCUGGGUAACGUGAGAUCGGCCGGUACAUCUGAACCUUCUUUUAUUGCUAAAAGUGAAGACCGUUUGUUUAAAUACUUAUUUGACGAUUAUGAAAGAUGGGUUUGCCCAGUAGAACACUUGAAUGAUACAAUCAAAGUGAAAUUUGGCCUUGCAAUUUCUCAGUUGGUGGAUGUGGAUGAGAAAAAUCAAUUGAUGACAACAAAUGUUUGGUUGAAGCAGGAAUGGGUUGAUGUAAAACUGAAGUGGGAUCCUAAAGACUAUGCAGGAAUAACAUCUAUCCGUGUCCCUUCAGAUUCCAUAUGGAUUCAAGAAAUAGCUUUGUAUGACAAUGCAGAUGGUCGUUUUGAAGGAACAUCUACAAAAACAGUACUGAAACAUGAUGGCACAGUUGCUUGGAAUCCACCAGCAAAUUAUAAAAGCUCCUGUACCAUAGAUGUCACUUACUUUCCAUUUGACCUCCAAAACUGCUCCAUGAAAUUUGGAUCCUGGACUUAUGAUGGCUCACAAGUUGAUAUAAUUCUAGUAGAUGAUGAAGUUGACAAGAGAGUUUUCUUUGACAAUGGAGAAUGGGAAAUAGUAACUGCAACUGGGAUCAGAGGGAACAGAACGGAUGGAUGUUGCUGGUAUCCAUUUAUUACCUACUCAUUUAUAAUUAGACGUUUGCCUCUCUUUUAUACACUGUUCCUUAUUAUUCCCUGUAUAGGGUUGUCAUUCUUAACUGUCCUUGUCUUCUAUCUUCCAUCUUAUGAAGGUGAGAAAAUUUCUCUGUGCACAUCAGUGCUGGUGUCUUUAACUGUCUUCUCGUCAUCGAAGAAAUCACACCAUCAUCUUCUAAAGUUAUACCUCUUAUUGGUUGUUGAGGACUGGAAAUUUAUAGCUCAGCUUUGCCUUGGACGAGUUUGUUUGGAGCUGUGCCAGAGAAGGGCAAGGAUAGAAAAUGCUGUCUGAAUAAUCCUGAUCUCAUACAGAUGCCAAGUUACCUUCUGUUCCUCUAUUAGAUUGGAAUGUGAUUUUUAUCUUGAGAAUGUUUUGUAAGACAAUUUGAGAAAUUUAAAAGUGUUAAGGCCACUUCAGUUAAACUAUCAUAGCAGCAUGUACUAUUUCACAAAUUCAAAGCUGUUCAUACAUAUUUACCUCAAUAAAUAUUUACGUAUUUAUUUACCUUUCUUACAAGUAAGAGAGUGGGUAGCUUAAAGAAACUUUAUGAGUUUGUGGUUGACUUGAAACAAGGACUACCCUGUUCAAAGAUCAUUCUUAGCCGCUAUGCUGUAUUAUUUAUGGUAUAGUACAUUCAACCAGCUCCACCAUACCUUCCCAUGGUGCUGCUGUUGGCCCACAACAAAGAGUCAGGUUUCCCUUCUUCCAUCACAGCUAGCUUUCUCUGGUGUCUGUUCUACAGACCACUGUUUGUGUGUACAUGUAGCAGUACAGUAGUGCCCUAAGAGGUAGGAAUAGGAACUUUCAUACACUGAGCAGCAAAAUAAAUGUAUAUUGCAGCAGAUUUCAAGUAUGAAAUGGGUGUGGGAGGCAUAAUGCUGGGAUGUAAUUACUGCAGGGGAAAGAGAAUGAAACACAGAUCUACGAGUUCUCAGUCUAUGAUUUAGCAUGAGGCUUCUAUCUUCGGUCCUAGAAGGCACAAGGGGAAAUGUGCAAGUGGACAAGUUAAUGCUUCGUCAAUGGAUUUUCUUAAAGACUGGGAGAUGUUGAGCUGCCUAACAUAAUACUUCUUUUCUCAAUCCCAAUUUUUAUUUCUGUUUUUUUGUGGGGGUGAAUGCACCGAUAGAUCAGCAGCUAUUUCUGUGACCGUUUUUAUUACAGAAGUUGUUGCUGAUUUUAUUUGUGAUAUGUUGGUUCACAAGUUAUUUUCUAACAGGCAUGGAUACACCAUUGUUUUUAUGGAGAAAAACAUAUUUUCUGUAAAUAAGUCUUAAAUUUAACAUAGACAAAUUUAACAAAUAGCAAAUCCUGACAUUAAAAAGCCUCUCCAAACAUUUGCAUGUUAUGUCAAAGAAAUUAUAUGACUGUAAUGCUCUUUAAAUGUACUUUAGAGAUAUGGUACAAAGUUGGAAAAUAAUACUGUGGACUGUAGUAAUUUAAAAACGCAUAUUUGUGGUAUGCAUGCUUGGUCAUUUGGUGAUUUCAUCUUCUGAGCAGUGAAGAGUUUUUAAAAUACCUGGAAGAGUCCAGUUUUAAUUUUUAAAGGUUUUUUA